UUUGAAAUUGCGCGUACGAGAAUCAAAUAUGGCGAUCUAAGAGUUCAGAAUACUUUUGAAGUUACUUCUUUAAUGUUGUUAAAUUUAUCGUUUAACACUAACUUGCUUAAAAUUUGAAUUAUCUUCUAAAACAUAAUUGUUAACAAUAGGUUAAAAUGUCGAAAGCAACUAAACGUAAACACGUUACCAAUGAAAUUCAGGAUUUGACCAUCCCUACCAAGACGCAGUCGAUUGUUCGAAUAAUACAGUCGCGCGGUAAUAAUCUUCACGAAGUUGCUGAUCCAGCUGGAUCUCAAUAUCUUGUAUCGAUGCCGGUGAAGUUUAGGAGAAACAUCUGGAUAAAACGGGGAGAUUUUGUCUUGGUAGAACCAAUAUCAGAAGGGAAUAAAGUGAAGGCUGAGAUCGUUAAGAUAUUAACACGAGAACAUAAAAAAUGGUAUCGACAACUAAACUGCUGGCCCAAAGAAUUCGAUGAAGUCUCCAAUUCGAAUCAAGAAAUAACCGAUGGAGAGAAUGAUAACGAAGAAGACGAUCUUUUUGUAAAUACAAAUAGAUUAUUGCAUAAUAGUAAUAGGAUAGAUAAGAUUAGUGAUACGAGUUCCGACGAAUCUGACUCUUGUUAAUAUUUUUAUUAUGUCAUUGUAAAUAAUAAAAUUAUUUAUAUGUAAGAAAAUGAGAAUUUGUUUAUUGAACGACUAAUAAAUAUUUUCUAAAGAUA